AUGUCGGAGGCGUUCAGGCGCUGCGUCCACGAAUACCACCCAGAUGAUCCCAGCAACGAGGAUUUUGAUGCGGGGCCACAGCCGAAAGGCUUCAGGAACCUGACCGAAUGCAUAAGGCCGUACCAUCCAAAUCCAGAAUGGCAGAUCUUUCCAGGAGAAGUGGGAAGCUUCGAGCGGGACCAGAAGAUCUGCUCCAUGUACACGCUGGCUACGGGUCUUUUCAGGGAUAUCAACCAGUGCAUCCGUGAUGACAACGAAGAUGGCCUACGGCGGCUAGCCCCAAUGAUCUGGGAGAUUCGCGAGGUUACGCGGUUUGAAACUGCGAAGAUCUGCAAGCCCGAGGGGCGCAAGUGCAAGCCUUUCAUGGGGAAGUGCUUGCGUGGCCUGGAGGUUCCGGAGGAGGAGGUCGAGAAGUGGGCGGCUCUUUACAAGGAGGGCACCGAGUUCGUGUGGCCUGCCUUCACAUCCUGCCAGCUAGAGGAUGGAGGCUUGUGGCCUUUUGAUGGCAAUCUGAACUUCGAGAUUGAGUGCAACAUCGACCCCAGCAAGCUAUCAGAUCCGGAGGUGUUUGCCCCGAUCAGCAUCAAACGCUUCAUCGGUGGGUCCAACGAAGUGCUCUUCCCUCCGCAAACCAAGUUCCGUGUCAAGGAGGAGAAGGAUGUGCAACGCGUCACUGAAAAUGAUGAGACUCGCGACGUCCACACGCGCGUUCUUGAGGUUGUUGAACUUCCCGUACCAGGCGGUGCUCCCGGCGAGCGAAAGCGCUGA